CUACAUCCCAACAUCCACUUGCAUUUGCAUCUUCAACCUCUUCUUCAAAACUCUUUCUUAACCUCCUCCUCCCUCCCUCUACCCUCUUCCCCCUCUCCCCCUCCCCUCGCGUCGUCUCCCCUCCGUCGCCAAAACCGAAUUCUAUUCCCCCAUCGCUGUAUCUAUCUGGAGAGGUGUUGGCCCCGAUCAGAGAGUGGUGGAGGACAUCGUCAUCUUCACACAACAAAUAUUCUUCGAGGAGCUCUACGAGUCUCCAGGUGGUACUACUCCUACUACGCCGCUGCUACUGCUGCUUGGUUCACUUGCUACGUUCACGCUCAAACGACCUUAACGACCUUACGAGCUCUUCCUCGGCCACAUAAACGCCUACGCGCCCCAGGACCCUCGCCGCCAAAAUAUCACGUCCCAGACUGCCUCAAUUGGCAAGAGUACAGCAGCCCCCCCCCCCCCAACGACUCUUAACGAACUCUACGAUAUACACGUUCUGCUCUUUGAAUAUUCCCCCGCAUUAACGAAUACCAACUUGCGAUAUCCAUCUUCUUUUACCUUGCAGCGAGCAUAGAAGCAUCAUCACAACUCCCCCACACGUUCCCACAAAACUUUACCUCAUAGUUCUUCUCUCCAGCCUUCUUCCCCAAGUUGGCUCUAGCUGUGCUCGUCCGCUUCCUGCAAACGGCGCCAAGUUUGUCACGUAAACAUAACCCUUCCCGCCUACACGCACUUGGCAGCUGCGUUUCCAAUCGCCAACGGAUCGCGCGUCUCUUAGCUAUAUCAGGACCAGCCUACCGAAAAGCUGGAUUUUCCGUCUCUCUCCCACGCCUCAACCUGGGGACCGAGCAACAUUCCGCCCUACAGCCUGCAGUCUUUCCAGCGGUCGUCGCAUGCGAAUGAGAGGUUGCCGUCGUUGCCAUUGCCACAGCCGCAAGUGGCCUAUUCGUCCAGUGCCUCAUCCCCUCGGUUUGGCUCCACGUCGUCAGCAUACACCAAUAGCACCGCAGACACGUCGUACUCCGCUGACUUAAACGGCGCGAAAUCUCAAUCUCCCACUCUGCAAGCUAGUGGAGGCCUCCAAACACUGUCGCAUCAGACACCGGCGAGCAAUUCUGCUACUGGAUAUCAGUACAGCCCAGAGUCAUACAACAAUAUGAACCAGGCGCCUCCUGAUAUGUAUUACUCCACACAUAUGUCGGCCGGACAGGCCCCAGCACCGCAGACCGUGACAUCUGGUGGCCUGGGUCAUUACCCACACCACCAGCAACCGCCGUCGCUUCAGCCCGUGCCGGGGCAGUACUCCGCCGCGCCGGGGUCUUAUGGACAGUAUGGAUAUUCUAAUGGCCUCACAUCACCUCAGCAAUCGGGGCAGGUCUCAGGCUCCUUAGGGUCACAACCGAAUGUCCUGUCGCUGCCGUCAUUAACUGCAGCGCAGCCAGUCAUGCACGGGCAAGGAUAUCCUCAACAGCAGCAGCAGCCGUUCGAUUCGACCGGCCAAAUCGCUCCUCCUGGCAUGAAACCCAGGGUGACGGCGACGCUUUGGGAGGAUGAAGGAAGUCUCUGCUUCCAGGUAGAGGCCAAGGGCAUCUGUGUUGCGAGGAGAGAAGAUAACCACAUGAUUAACGGAACCAAGCUUUUGAACGUCGCGGGCAUGACUCGAGGACGCCGAGAUGGUAUAUUAAAAAGUGAGAAGAUGAGACACGUGGUCAAGAUUGGGCCGAUGCACCUCAAGGGCGUCUGGAUACCGUUUGAACGCGCUCUGGAUUUCGCCAACAAGGAGAAGAUCACAGAGCUGCUGUACCCCCUCUUUGUCCACAACAUCGGCGCGCUCCUCUACCACCCGACAAACCAGUCGAGGUCACACAGUGUCAUGGCUGCGGCCGAUCGCCGAAAGCAGGAGCAAAACCAGAUGCGAAACCCGCAAGCUCCCGGCCUGCCUUCCAUGCAGUCACAUCAUCACCACUCGAUGCAUAACUCUGGAGGUGGCUCUCUGCCAGGCCCGCAACACUCCGUCUCGGGGCACUCGGGGAUUGGUGGCCGCUCAGAUAUCCAGCGCUCGCAUACGUUUCCAACUCCCCCGACCAGCGCCUCGAGCGUGAUGGGAAACCUGGGGACUUCUGAUGGCUCAUUCCAGUGGGGUGGACAGAAUCUAAAUGGCGUUCAAGGGUCCAACCCGCUCGCGAUUGAUACUGGGUUGAGUAACGCCCGUUCGAUGCCCACAACUCCUGCUACGACGCCCCCGGGAACCUCCAUUCAAAACAUGCAACAGUACCAGCAAACAUCGCAAUCAUACGACACGUCCAGACAGCAAAUGUACUCUGCGCCGCCUCUGCAACAGGGUGCGUAUCCUCAACCGAAUGGCGCUCAGACGAACAUGGGCCGGUACAAUCAGACUGGUGCGUACAUCAAGAAUGAGAUGGGUCCGCCUUCAGGGCGUGCGCCAGGGUCCGUGUCGGAUGGCGAGCACCACGAUACGAAGCUCCCCAAUGGUCUCAUCCACCACAGCCAAGGCAAUGAUCAAGUGAGCCACUCUCAGCCAGAAGAAGAGGCGGAACACGAUGGGGACUACGCCCAUGAUAACGCCGCCGCCUACGAUGCGAACCGGGGCUCGUACAAUUACGCGCCUGGUCCUCCAGUCGGUUCCAUCACAGGCGAGCACGCCCAUAUCUCCCCAGAGUUGACAGGCUCGCCGAACCACAACAGCGGAUCUGGCCAUGUAACACCGCGCACCGCCACGACCUCUCAGGCCUACUAUUCCCAACACCAGGGCGGAUAUAGCACUCCUCCACGAGCCCAGCCGCCGUCGAGUAAUCUGUAUAAUGUAAUGAGCAGCGAACGAGGCACCGCCAAUGGAAGCUCAACUAAUGAAAUGUACGGCAACCAGUCAGACUUGGGUAAUCCAUUAACAAACGGAUUUGUAGGCCAGCCCCUUACCAACGGCGCCACGCCGAGCAAUAAGAGGGGCCGCGACGACGAUGACGACCAACGGCCCUCGAGCCGCGAUGCGGGAGGAGAGACCGAUGGCUUGAAGAGGAGGAGAACCAUCCGCGAAGACUCGGCGCAUAAUCUCAACUACGACGCGCCCCUCAACCGCGCUCGCGCGACGAUCUCCCAGCGUCGACGAUGAUGCAAUCAAUGAAUGACUUGACGCAGCAGUACUUCCGUACUAUAGAUGUUGGCGAUUUUGUACCCUUUUUUUUAACUCUUUGGCAUAGCAACGGCAUCUCAGCACCCCUCUCUCCACCACCAAAAAAAUACACCUAAAAAAACCUCUUCAACGUCCUGAUGGCAAAGAAACAGUUGGCCAAAAAGACCGCUUUUCUCGUCCAUCAAUGACACAAACACUACACUCAUUCGAACAAUCUUUUUCCUUGGGACGUCUUUAACGAAAGUGUGCCUUCGACCUUUUUACCUCCCCUUUGUGUGUUCUGUCCCUGCUCACGAAAAGGGGGGGUGCAUACGCACCACACCCACACACGCACACGAAACACACCGAUACCGAACCCUAUUUUUUACGUUUUUGCCCCAAGUUAAGGAACGAAACACACCACACCCCACCGACCCUUUUUAACGACUAUUGAAAUUUUUGAGAUGGGAAACAUGAAAUGAAAUGGACGCACGCCCUAUCCCCUCCCCCCAACGAAGAAAACGGGGGGAAGCCGGGGGGGGGAAAUAUCUUAUUUUCAUGAUCUGGUUUUUUUUUACAGAUAUACAAUGCGAUGUUUGCUGGCUCGGGAAAUUGGGAAUGGGAAAUGGGAAUGGGAUGGGACGGCUGUCCCGCGUCUUUGAUGAAACCAGGCGUCGUGGACGGAGUUUCGAAAUGAAUCCCCCUCCCCCCCCCCAAAGUCUCCCCAUACUACUCUAGCCUUCUGGGCUAUGAGAGAAGUUUUUUUUUAUGAUGACAUGAUGAACCUAUCUUGCUUUUUAUGUUUUUUGCUUUUUGAAAUUUUAACUUUUAAAUGGGGGACUUUUUUUUAUGUUGUUGGUUGAUGCGUCUUGCGCUUGGUUGAUAGAGUAGCCCAUCGUUCGCGUUUUGUGGAAUGAUGUGAUGAGGGGACAAUCAAAAGCCUUUUUGUGUUGAA